CGAGCGAGGAGAUGAAUGGGACGGCGACAUGGGGAAAAGGUCGGGGCUGGGGGGAGGGUGGUCCAGGAGGCCCGGCCUCAGCGAAUCACAUCACCCGCCGUAACGGCGAAUCGCGCCGAGGGGAAUUUAACGGCAUCGGAGCAGGACGCGGGCCCCGGAGGUGGAGGCGGAGGCGGAGGCGGAGGCGGAGGCGGAUGCAGACGGGGCCCAGACGAGCGACUCCGCGACGGCGACAGCCGGGCCUCGCCCUCGUGCGCGAGUGCAGAGCCCGGGUCCCUCCUCUCGUCCAUGCCGGAACCUCCUCGCUCUGAUCCAAACUCCAUGAUCCAUCGCCUCCUCCCUGUGCCUGAUCCUGUUCCAACUAAAUCACAAAACUCGCUAUACAUGGAGAUGGACAGAUGGGAGAAGUGUUCUUGCGGUUUUCGCAGUGUUCUCAGCGGACCAGACUGUGACGAACUUCCAUAUAAAAAAAAUAUCAGCAGAAAGUUUUGCGGAGCUGGUUCUGGGAGUAGUUCGUCGUGGCGGCGCCUGCAAUCUGGCAGUAUGAAGCGGGAGCACCAAGGGGAUUGGUACGGCGGGGCGGUUGAAGGAGGAGAGCAGGAGAAGGGGAAGGGGAUGAUGGGAGUGGGGGCGGAGGAUGAAGAUGUGGACGAGCUGCUGGCGGCGCUGGGAUACAAGGUCCGGUCAUCGGACAUGGCGGACGUCGCGCAAAAGCUGGAGCAGGCGGAGAUGGCCAUGGGAACCGGCAUCGCGGCCAGCGACGACGCUCUGCUUUCCCACCUUGCAGCUGACACCGUUCACUACAACCCUUCGGAUAUCUCGACUUGGGUGGACAACCUCCUCUCCGAGCUUAACGCACCUCCUCCCCCACUCUCGCCGCCGCCGCGUUUCGACGAUUCCUCUUCCCUCGACCGGCAAAAUCGCUUCCUCGAGCUUCCCCUUGUCACGCGGCGCGCAUCGGCGGAAGUUUAUGAGCCGAUGCCAGUCCCUGCUCCCCCCGCCGGGCGUGCAACAGGGCGAUUCGCCUUUGGCUCUGAUUCCCAAUUGGAUGUCGCGCCGUCGCCGAGGGAUUCGAAAAGGAUCAAGUUCUGCAGCUCGCCUCCCUCAUCGUCGUCCUCGACGACGGAUGCGGCGACCUCGGCUGCGUCCCCUCUGCCGGUGGUAGUAGUCGACACGCAGGAGGCCGGGAUCCGCCUCGUCCACGCGCUGUUAGCCUGCGCGGAGGCGGUGCAGCAGGAAAACCUCAAGGCGUCGGACACGCUCGUCAAGCAGAUCUCGGUGCUGGCUGCCUCCCAGGGCGGCGCCAUGCGCAAGGUCGCGGGUUAUUUCGCUGAGGCCCUCGCACGCCGCAUAUACCGUCGUCUUCCUCGGGUUGGCGUGGGCUCCUCCUUCGAUUCCGUCGCCUUCGACGACAUGCUGCAUAUGCAUUUCUACGAGAGCGGCCCCUAUCUUAAGUUCGCGCACUUCACCGCCAACCAAGCAAUCCUCGAGGCCUUCGCCGGCUGCCGGCGUGUUCACGUUAUUGACUUUGGGAUGAGGCAGGGGCUUCAGUGGCCGGCCCUUCUUCAAGCCCUUGCCCUCCGUCCUGGCGGUCCACCUUCGUUCCGUCUCACCGGCAUCGGUCCGCCUCAGCCGGACAACUCGGACGCCCUUCAGGAGGUGGGAUGGAAGCUGGCGCAGCUCGCCGAAACCAUCCGCGUGGACUUCAACUACCGCGGUUUCGUGGCCACUAGCCUAGCGGAUCUGGAGCCCUACAUGUUGCUCGGCCAAGACACAGACGACCGCGUCGGAGCGGACGACAUCGAUGAGCCAGAGGCAGUCGCCGUGAACUCGGUGCUCGAGCUGCAUCAGCUGCUCGCGCGGCCCGGAUCACUGGAGAAGGUGCUGAGAACGGUCCGCGCGGUACGCCCGCGCAUCGUGACGGUGGUGGAGCAGGAAGCGAACCACAACGCCGGGACGUUCCAGGAACGUUUCACGGAGGCGCUGCACUACUACUCGACCAUGUUCGACUCACUGGAGGGCGGCGCCGCAGCGGCGGCGACUGCGGACAGCGCCGGCGGGCGGGACCUGACGAUGUCAGAGGUGUACCUCGGGCGGCAGAUCUGCAACGUGGUGGCCCACGAGGGAGCGGACCGGACGGAGAGACACGAGACGCUGGCCCAGUGGCGGGGAAGGAUGACCAGCGCCGGCUUCGAGUCCGCCCCCAUCGGCUCCAACGCCUUCAAGCAGGCGAGUAUGCUGCUCGCCCUCUUCGCCGGCGGGGACGGCUACAGAGUAGAAGAAAGGGAAGGCUGCCUCACCCUCGGUUGGCACACCCGGCCCUUAAUCGCCGCCUCCGCCUGGCGGAUCGCCGGCGGACCAUGACGCUCGCUCCCAACCGUCCGAUUUGCCUCGCUCGACCCCACCAGUCUCAUCGCGGGGUCCGCAACCUUAGGCCCGCUGGGCCCCUUUUCUUUCUUCUCCUCUCAUGUCAAAUCUUUCUUUAACUCCCUCCUUUCUACGUAGCGCAAUUAUAAUAAUCUCCGAUUAGCCAAAUAAAUUAUAUCUGCUAA